AUUCAGAACGGGGAGUUUGCUUGUUUCUUCGAUUUCCACAGCAAACUCACAUUCGGUAAGAAGCGCUCGGAUUAUGGCAAGCUGAAGCAGUGCAUUGGUCAGGUACCAGUAUUCGGAUUCAACUCUGGACGCUACGACAUCAACCUUAUCAAGGCGGACCUGUUUGCAGUCAUCGGUACUGACAACAUCACAUCAGUCAUCAAGAACCCUAGCUACAUGUGCAUCGCCACGUCAGACAUGAAAAUGCUUGACAUUAGCAACUAUGGUCCGGCAGGCACCAGCUAUGCAAAGUACUUGUCGACAUAUCUCGGUGAGUGCAAGUGUGAUGACAAGAUUCGAUGCGUCUGUGGCCUAGGAAAAGGCAUCUUCCCGUACGAGUACAUUACUUCAUUUGACUUACUCAGUCAGCCGGAAGUCCCUCCUAAGUCGGCGUUCGACAGUGCUCUUCGUAGCACUAGCAUCAGCGAUGAGGACUAUGUGCGGGUACAGUUCGUCUGGGAACACUAUGGCAUGAAGUCAAUCAAGGAUCUACUCAUUUGGUACAACAACCUCGGUGUAGUACCCUUCAUCAAGGCCAUCAAAGCCCAGCGAGAACUAUUCAAACGUUUCGAACUUGAUAUGUUCACUGAUGCUGAUACUGCCUCGGCUGGCCGAAUCAAUAACAAGCUCGGACACAUCGAUGGUAAUAUCUUGAUCAGCUGUGUGGGAUGCAACGUUGCUCGCAAGAACAUGUCGCUAAAGGGCUUCCGCCACACGAAGCUACUUGAAUUCAACUCAGACAGGUUGGUGUACAGUAUCGAUAGAGAGGAGAAGGACAUCUACACCAAGAUGAAGGCGAACAUUGCUGGUGGUCCUUCUAUCAUCUUCAACAGAUACGCGAAACGCAACGAUACCAAGAUUCGAGGGGGUAGGAUCUGCAAAAAGAUCAUCGGCUACGAUGCUAAUGCUCUGUAUUUGUGGGCUCUUGGUAAUGAGAUGCCAUGUGGACGGUUAACUACCAUCGAAGCAUGCACAGGGAUCGUCGAUGAUAUUGUAAAUGACAAGAUCUCUGGCUUCAUCGAGUGUGAUAUCCGUACACCAGAGCACCUCAAACCCUACUUCAGUGAAAUGAUCCCAAAUUUCAAGAACACCCUUAUAGACUGCAGCGAUCGGAGUGUCAUCGGUCAGCACAUGUUCGAGUACAACGAGGAGCGCAAGCAAAGCCGAGCA